AUUUGUAUAAAAGGCAAAGUUCACAUAUUCAAGUAUCUGAGCAUCGAGGCGUGUCGCAGCGAGAAGAUGCCCGACUCGCUCUACCUGCCUGUCAUCGAGAGACUCAGCCUAUCACGGCCCACCACGGGCAGUGUGGAGGACAUGGAGCAGCAGAAGAAGCAGGACAGCGACUCAGGAGUCGGCAGCGACAACGGAGACAAGAGACUGUCUGCGACCGAGCCGUCAGACGAAGAUAGUCUGAGUCUCAACGUCCCGAUGAGCCACAUCACAGAGGAGGAGGGGAUCAGUAAAGACGACUCCAGUGAACACAUCAGCUCCCUCACAG